CUUACCCAAGUACGUAAAAUAUACAGUAAAUAACAGGUUACUUGAACUGGGUCAUGGGUUGUAACCAGAUGCAAGAAAGGAUGCCAUACUAUCCGAUAGUGUUGAAAACAUGCUAAAAAAGAUGUUGGUAAAACAUGACUGGGAUUGAAAAAAAUAUAUAUAUAUAUAUAUUUUUUUUAACUCAGUUCACCUCGUUAACGCGGUUGCUAAAAUAAAAGUCCUUUAAUGUGAAAAUUUAAUAUAUCACAAGGCUAAUCACUGGCUGGUUGUUUGACUUCACAGCUCUUUUACUUUUGCUUUCAGAAUAUGAGCCAGAAAAUACAAAACUGUUGUUAAAACACAUGAUUAUACUUGAUAAUAUGAUUCGUAUAAAAUGCGAAGCUGUUGCCUCCCCUCCUGCAAACCGUUUUAUAAUGACAAUUGAUGAUAAAGGGUACAAUUCGAGUAAUGGUGUAAUCGAAGUACCAGCUGCAAGAAAAGAUAAAAUAUACCACAUAAAUGUGAGUUGCAUUCCACGCAAUAAAUAUGGACAUGGACCAAUGAAGAAAGAUGUUUUUCGAGUGUACGCUCCUCCAACCUUCAUAACUCCACUACCCACGUUUUACAACAUGACUAUCAGCGGCAUAACUAUGAAAUGCGAAACAAAAGGAAUCCCAACUCCAACUAUUACAUGGAUCAGUGGGGAUUCAGGAGAUAUCGUAAGCACUGGAAAAUAUUACAACGUCUCGUAUGUAAAGUGUGCUACAAAAACGAUGACGUUUUUCUGCAACGCAAAGAACGAAAUUGGGAACAUCAGUAGCCCAGAAAUACGUGUUAAUGUGAUGACCAAGCACAACUGCAGUACAGUUGGCAAAGGUUUAGAUGAAACUACUCCAACGGCUUUAAAAUUAGAGAUAAUCGUUGCGAUAACCUGCGGAUGCCUGAUUUUCGUU